AUGUACCCAGCGGAUAACAAUGGUUCUCAUCUUUUAGGUAUCCAGACUCAAGUGUUGAUUAACGAGGAGCUUGCGGAUGAUUCAGACUCGUCCUUCGGCAUCAAUUUCGCUGAUUCCGAAGGUGAUGGCCACCCCGUAUGGAACCUGAUCAGCGUCGAGAAGGAUGUUCCAUCAAGCUCAGUAUUGGAAGACGUUGACCCGACUGCACAAAAUAGCACCAGUUUAUCUCAUGUCCAGCGAGUUGAUUUCGGGUCUUACAUCAACGACAUGUCAAUGGCAACUAGCCCAACUCUUUCAAUGACGCCGAAUUACGAUCUCGCGCUGCGUUCUUUUACUAGGAAACCCGCGAUCAAAGGCGGCGCACUGACAACAUCCAUGCUUAUGCUCCGCCUUCUCACAACCUACCCGCUGAUGUUGCGAGAUCCGCAUUCACCGCCACCAUUCAUUCACCCAUCAUUCCUAGCAGAUCAGGAAAGCAAGACCAUGGAGUCACUCACGACUUGCGUCAGUCUCAUUCAGAUGCUUGAAAGCGGAGGCAGUGCUGGCAGACGGCUUGUGUGGAAGAAUAUAAGGCUCGAGUGCGAGAGAUUGCAACUGCAAUGGUCUGACCUUGAUGCAUGGGAGCUUCUAUCGUCGAUGCAAGCGCUUUUGGCAUAUAUGCUACUGCGACUAGAUGAAGGCGAGACGGAACACAACAACUUCGAUACGCUACUGUUGACUACUGCUUGGGUCAUCGGAUGCGCAAUGAAUUGCAAAAUCGGAAACUUCAACUGCACGUCACCUACAGGCAUGAGCUACGGCACAACAUACAGAGACUGGGUGUUCGAAGAGUCCAGACGACGGUACAGUACUACUACCCUGAUGUCUAGCCUAGCUGACAUAAGAAUCAGAACGUCGCUCACGUUCAGUAUCAUGCGCAUGUUGUUCUCAACCGAGCCGGCCGGCGCUUGCUUCAUGACUGACGGCUUCAUCCUCGCGCCACUCCCUGCGCAGAAACACUUGUGGGAAGCGCGAGAUGAAUUCGAAUGGACGAAGGCGAAGAGACAGGACACUAGAGGAGAUAGUGUUUUCGGCAUCAAGGUUGGUGGGCGCAUGGCGAAGGUCGAUCCUUGUCCGAUCCUGGAUGAGGGGAAUGGCACAAGUAUGGAGCAUGUUCCAGAUGAUGUGCAAAGCAGCGUGAAUUGGCAAGAGUGGUGUGCAGGUAUGGACGGACUUGGGGCAUUGGUUAUGCUUGCUGCUUCCCUACCUGUAUGA